AUGAACCGCAUCUUCGGCACAAACAAGGCGCGUCCAAAGCCUUCCCUCACGGAUGCCAUCGCGUCCACCGACUCGCGCAUGGGAGGCAUCGAGGUCAAGAUCAAGAAACUUGACAACGAGCUCGCGACGUAUAAGGCUCAGUUGGCCAAGCUGCGCGAUGGACCGGGGAAGACCGCCGUGCAGCAGCGCGCUCUCCGCACGCUCAAGCAGAAGCGGAUGUACGAGGGACAGAUGAACCAACUGCAGCAGCAGACAUUCAACAUGGAGCAGGCGUCGAUGACGACUGAAAACCUCAAGAACACGAUGGCGACGGUGGAUGCCAUGCGCAUCGCAAACAAGGAGAUGAAGAAGCAGUACAAGGGGAUCGACAUUGACAAGAUUGAGUCUAUCCAUUACGACAUGGAGGACCUGAUCGAGCAGGCCAACGAAAUUCAGGAGUCGCUUGGACGAAGCUACUACGUCGCGGACGAGGUGGACGAGGCCGACCUUGAGGCCGAGCUCGAUGCGCUUGGGCUCGACGACGAGCUUGUUGGCGAGAACGAGACGCCAAGCUACCUCCAGGACAGCACGGCGCUGCCGGACUUUGUUGACGCUGCGCCAGUGGAGGAGGAGACGGCUAAGGAGCCGACCGCCGAGGUUGCGCGGUAG